UAUACAUAUAAAUAAAUGCAUGUGCAAUGUAUUACUUACAUGAAUAUAUAAGAUGGAAGUACAUGUACUAUAUGAAAAGUGGCCAUAUAGAAAUUCACCUUGGGAUACAUUCAAGGCAUGCAUACCACCAAGAAAUACUAAUUCAACAGAAUCAAGUAAUUAUGAUAGAGUUCAUUGUAUUAUCUCAAGUUUUCUAGGCGCAUGGAGUGGUUAUAUCCUGCCAAUAGCAUGUGGAUUAGGCUUAAUAAUAAAUACAUUCAUAUCAAUAACAAUAUUUAUGAAAAUUAAACUGAUGCCACGCUACAUGAUCUAUAUGGCGUUUGCUGCUAUAAUGAGUAUGCUAACAAAUAUUAUCUUCGGCUGGUUAUGGUUGUUUGCAGCUAAAGGUAUGCCAUACAUAACAAAUGGUAAAAGAUAUUAUAUUGUAUAUAAUGUUUCACCGAUAGCCUGUCAAUCACAUCGAUUCUUCAGUUCAUUCACAUCAACGUGUUUGUGCAAUCUGUUAGUCUGUGCUGCAUUGGAUCGUUUCUUCUCGAUUUACUUUCCAAUACAAUUUAAUAAGUUGCCUAAAUACUAUGCUUGGUGUGCAUGUGGUGUAGCACAUUUAAUAAGCUUCAUAAUGAUGUUACCGUUACUUUUUACAACUGAUUUUUAUUUUGUCGAAUCAAAAACACAGUGUUCUAUGGAUCCAAAUAAUCAUGCUAUACAGUUAUACCAAGCAUUAUUUUCCAACUUAGGUUUUGUGCAAAGUUUGAUCCUGGUUGCUUUAAACUGUGCUUUCCUUAGACUUAUUAAUAAGCGUUUGAAAGAGACAACAAUGAAAAGAUUGAAUGCAGCUGAUCGCAAACAGAUACAGACUAGUAUAUUUUUUUUAGUUUAUUCUGCUUCUUAUACAGUGACAUCAUUACCACAAACAGUCGCUUACAUAAUUGGCCGACUAAGCAUAUCAGUAAAUAGUUCGAAAUUUGCAUUUCACAUAGCUGAUAUAUUUUGGAAUUUCCACUUUACACGUGAAGUAUUUGACUUCUUUAUAUAUUUUAAAUUCUUUAGAACAUUUCGUCUGGUUGUGUUGGAUGUGUGCAAACCUUGUCAUCAUAGAAUGAAGCUAAAAUUUAAUGAAUAA